GAGAUAAAUUCCGACUGUCAUUUUGAUUAACAAAAUCUUUGUCUGUAUCUGACCCUCAAACUAAGAGUAGUUAACUUAUUUUACAGGAUGAAGAUGGCAAAGAAGACUUCAAUACGGCUUAUGCAACUCCACGAAUGUUCCUGACAUUCAAAAAGCCGUACAAGUACCAGAUGAGGGCCUAUGUUUACCAAGCUCGCGAUCUGCUGGCCGGGGAUGAGACCGGUCUCUCAAACCCAUAUGCCCGCAUUUCCUUCCUGACCCAGAGCUCAGUAACGAUGAGAAUGGCGAAGUCACUCUGCCCCACCUGGGACCAAACCCUGAUUUUUGAGGAAAUUGAAAUAUACGGUGACCCCCAGGCUUUAGAGGAAAACCCCCCAGAAGUUGUGAUUGAAAUAUGUGAUUACGAUAAGUUUGGGUCCAAUGAGUUCCUGGGCAGAACGAAGGUCCAACCGAUGGUGAAGCUUGACCCGUCCGAUGCCCGCAUGCCUGUUCUACAGUGGUACCCUAUCACGCGCGGGCCAGAGGACGGAGGGGAACUGCUGGCCGCGUUUGAACUCUUCCUGGUGCCAGACAAGAAUGCUUCAAUGGAAAGUCUGCUUGCUGGUUCAGACCUUCCAUUCUUACCUCCAAAGAAAGGAGAUCUCUUCCUGAUACCCAAUGGAAUCAGACCAGUUAUGCAGAGAACAGCCAUAGAGGUUCUAUGCUGGGGUGUUAGAAACAUGCAGAAAUUUCAGCUGGCCGCAGUUACCUCCCCUAGUGUGGAAUUUGAAUGUGGAGGCCAUGUGUUAGAAUCCAGCACUAUCAAAAACUUAAAAAAGAACCCCAACUUUAAUAAGAAUGUCUUGUUUUUUGAUGUUAUGUUGCCCCGUGAGGAGCUGUACAUGCCCCCUAUGAAUAUAAGAGUCCGGGAUCACCGAAAGUUUGGGAGGAAGCCCACGGUGGGGAUCCAUGUCCUGAACCUGGAGAAUUACCGCUGUGACCCGAUUAGACGGGUGCAGGAGGAGGAAGAGGAGGGGGUACAAGGAGGACUUGUGAAUGGGGCCCGCAGUGGGGAACAUGUGAUUGAGAUGCCGACGGAAGAAAAGAAGAAAGAGACAGGAAAGGCAAUUCUUGUUAAAGCCAGAUCCAAACUGGACAGUGCUCUACAGCGUAUAAAGGUGAUGUUUUACCCCUGUAUCUGGCACGGGGACUUUGGACUGGACAUUUUGCAAUGAAACUUGAUAUAGAAUAUAUAAUAUACCACAUUGCUUUGA